AUGAAAAUCAAAAUAAAUUUGUUUAAAUCGCUAUCAUGUUCAAAGAAUAGACGAAAAGUGCACGCUACUGAGCAAAUGAAAAUGGAUUUUGAUAACCUAUUGAACCUGGAAGAACAGUAUUACCAAGAAGGUUUUCAAGAGGGCCAAAAUGAGAAUAUAAAGCAAAGCUUUCUGGAAGGCAAACAGUAUGGCCUACAAGUAGGAUUUCAAAGGUUUACAUUGCUGGGACAAAUGCAAGGUUUGUGUGAUGUCAUAGAAUCAUAUGAACUGCAUAGUCCCAUACUCGAAAAGAAUAUACAUACUAUUCGUACUUUAAUGAAAGGUCUAAAAAUGAAUAAUGAUGAUGAAAGUGUGAUGGCGUUCGAGAAGCUGCUGGUAAAAUUAAAGAAUAAGUUUAGAACUAUUUUGAUAACCCUUCAACGAUUAAUUAAAGAUGAAAAAAAAUCCGCCGUGACGUUUGAAAUCUUUGAAGACGUUUCAAGGGCCAUUUCUGGAGAAAUUAGAGGUUUUGUAGAAAACGAGGACAUCGCUAAGAAUAAGGUUGCGCAAGAUCAGGCCCAAUCCUGGUAA